CACAGUCGCUCGCCUACUGUUCCGCUGGAUUCUCGCUCGUUUCUUCUCGGCUCGUUCUCGUCCCGUGUGGCUCACUUUUGACCAAACAGAGGAAGGAAAAAAAAUCACACACAAAAACGGGUGUGUUUCUUCCCGAAAAAAAGCUCUUUUGCAAGUGAAUUUCGUGUGAUUUUACGUGAACGACGGGGGAAAUAGUCCUUUUGGAAGACGAUUUUGAUAGUUUGGAGAGGUGGAAAUCGGUUAGAAUAGUGUUAAGCUUUUAAGGAAAACAGGUGCAUUGCGGUUUCUUGAAGUUCGUUCAAAAAGCCCGCAGUAGGCCAUCGAAUUCGGCCAGGAAGUAAAAGUGCUGAUUGAAGCUGAAAAAAAAACACAGGAGGAAAAAAAGUUAAAGGUGAAAAAUCGAAAAUCAAGUGAAUGCGAAAAAAAAGAACACUCUGUUGAGGUGGAAAAAGGGCUCUAGUGUGAAAGGCACGCACGCACACACUCACCCAAGCAGCGGAUCCUGACAGGAGCAGCGCUCGCACACAUUCAAAGAUUCUCACACGCAAUAGCAGGCAGGCGAAUUCGGAGUUGCUCUUGGAAAAGGAUUAUUCUCGCGCGCGCGGUGUUUGUCCAUUUUUUUCUCAACGCCAACUCUGUGUGUUGCGGGAAAUAUUGGCAAUUGUGGGUUCACAACUGUGUGCGUGUGUAGUUGUAGUAGGCUGAAUGUGUAUGAUUGUGUGAACAGCCCCCCCCCCCCGCACGAUACAGGCGAAGGAGCAGCAAGGAUUACUCAACGCCUGCUGAGAGUGGCGUGAAUAUGUGCGCGCUUGCUGAGGUUCUGUAAUUUGCUCGCGGAGUUGGUCGGAAAAAGGAAGCAAAAAAAAAGAACGUCAAAAGGAUUUAAAUUUCACACACGCGACGACAUUCACGGGCGGUUCGGGCAGCAUCAGCUUGGAGGAGCAGGAGCUAGGAAAAUAUUAAAAUAACCGGGCGUUACUGUGGUGCGAAAGGUGACACACUCUCUCCCUUGCGCGCGUGAUCCAAUCUCUGCUCUGAGACGAAAAAAGCUGAGCCAAUGAGCGCCAACGAUGCGUUAGCAUAGUGACUAUGGGAUCAGAGGCAUGGGCAUGUGCGUGGACCCUGGGGCAUUCCGGUGGUGUCAGGCAUUAAGCCGGUCGCAAUCGCUAGCCACAGCCAGCCACGCCAGCAGCAACAGAGCCUCGAACCCGGCCCAAGCCCAACGCGGCACGGCCCCGGCAUCAGCAGCAGUAGGUACAGCGGGAACGUCUUCUUCAUCGUCUUCUGCGUCCUGUGGUGCCGCCGGAAGUCACCAUCAUCAGCAGCCGACAGUGCCCACGGUCAGCAGCAACAGUCAGCAGGCCAACUACCGGCACGUGUCCAGUUUUCACCAUGCCAAGGUGCGCCGUAGUCUAAACGCAACAAUCUUCAUCAAGAAGAAGCAAGCGGUUGCUGCAGCCACUUCGACGGCAGCAACCACCACAACAACCACAACAACAGAUUCUAAAUCCAAGUCGGCGACAACCAACAACAACAAUUAUUAUCUCAACAACAACACUAGUAAUAACGAAACCACUAGCUAUAGCAGGGCCGGCAGUUGCAGGAGGGCCACUAGAGAAUCGAAUAGUCUUAGUAGCAGAAGUGGCAGCAUCGUCAGCAACGCCAGCAGCAGCAGUAGUAGUAGCAUCGAGCGGGCACUAGCGGCGCGGCGGCGAAAUCUCAGUCUUAGCACUAACAAAUUGAACGAACACUACAGCUGCAGUGCGGCGGCGUUGAACUGGCUGAUCUCAUCGUUUGUGCUGCUGCUCUGCAUCACCCUAUGCACUAGCUCAAUUAGUCCUCCUGCUCGGAAGACACUUACUCCCCCCCAGGAUGCCGUGCACAUCACCGCCAUCCUCGGCGAGAGUGUCGUGUUCAACUGCCACGUCGAGUUCCCCGGCGAUCAUCCCGUUCCCUACGUCCUACAGUGGGAGAAGAAGGUGAGCGAAACGCACUGGGCAAAGCGAGGUUUGGAUGAGGGUCAGGAAAUUCCGAUCUACAUCUGGUACGAGAGCUACCCGACGCACAGCGGCGAGGGUUACGAGGGGCGCGUAUCGCGAGUUUCGCCGGAUUCGAGCUUCGGCGCGGCCUCGCUCAACCUCACCAACAUCCGCGAGUCGGACCAGGGCUGGUACGAGUGCAAGGUGGUGUUCCUGAACAGGCCGCCGAAGCAGCACAAGAACGGCACCUGGUUCCAUCUGGACGUGCACGCGCCCCCGCGGUUCAGCGUUACGCCGGAGGACAUCAUUUACGUUAAUUUAGGCGAUUCGAUUAUACUAAACUGCCAGGCAGAUGGCACCCCCACGCCCGAGAUCCUGUGGUACAAGGAUGCCAACCCGGUGGAUCCGUCUUCUACUGUUGGCAUCUUUAACGAUGGUACCGAGCUGCGGAUCAGCACGAUCCGCCACGAAGACAUCGGCGACUACACGUGUAUCGCGCGCAAUGGUGAGGGACAAGUCUCCCAUACUGCCCGUGUUAUAAUAGCGGGCGGCGCUGUAAUCAUGGUGCCGCCCACUAAUCAAACGAAACUGGAGGGAGAGAAGGUGCAGUUCACGUGCGAGGCCAAGGCGAUGCCCGGCAACGUAACGGUGCGGUGGUUCCGCGAGGGGUCCCCGGUCCGGGAGGUGGCCGCCCUCGAGACGCGCGUCACGAUCCGCAAGGACGGGUCGCUCAUCAUCAACCCGGUCAGUGCCGACGACUCCGGCAUGUACACCUGUGAGGUAUCGAACGGCAUCGGAGAACCACAAAGUGCUUCGGCUUUUUUAAAUAUAGAGUAUCCUGCCAAAGUGACCUUCACCCCAACAAUACAAUACUUACCGUUUCGUUUAGCUGGUGUUGUACAAUGCUAUAUAAAAGCAAAUCCUCCUCUACAAUAUGUAACAUGGACCAAAGAUAAAAGAUUACUGGAACCUUAUCAAACAAAAGAUAUAGUUAUAAUGAACAACGGUUCGCUGUUGUUCACCCGGGUCAACCAGAACCAUCAGGGCCGGUACACGUGCACGCCGUACAACGCCCAGGGUACGCAGGGAUCGUCGGGUCACAUGGAGGUUCUGGUGCGGAAACCACCGGCCUUUACGAUCGAACCGGAUCCACUGUACCAGCGGAAGGUGGGCGAAGCGGUUGAGAUGCACUGCGAUGCCCAGGAGGCGGAAGGGACGUCCAAGCCGACCAUCACCUGGCAGCGACGGGACGGUCAACCGUUGCAGAAGAACCGGGUCCGGAUCCUGAACGGUAACAUCACGAUCGAGAACCUGCGUCGAUCGGACUUUGGUUACUACCAGUGCGUGGCCUCCAACGAGGUGGCCACGAUCGUGUCCGCGACGCAGCUCGUGAUCGAGGGCACCCAGCCACACGCCCCGUACAAUCUGAGCGGGGCGGCCACCGAGUUUUCGGUGACGCUCUCGUGGAUGCCCGGCUACAGCGGCGGUCCGGACUACAAGCAGGACUAUACCAUCUGGUAUAGGGAGGCCGGCGUGUCGGACUGGUCAACGAUCCCGGUGACGCCGUCCGGCAGCACCCAGGUCACGAUCAACCGACUCUCGCCUGGGACGACGUAUGAGUUCCAGGUGAUUGGAAAGAAUGCCCUCGGCGACGGCAUGAUGAGUAAGGUCAUCACGAUACGAACGUUAGAUGUCCAAAAACCGAAGAAAACAUCGACUACGACAGCUGCACCAAACGAAAAAGAGUUUAAGCACGCUUCCGAUGACUUGGGUCCCAAGCCGGGUCAGCCGCGGAACGUGUCGGUGCUGGAGAUUCCGAACGGCUUCCUAAUCUCGUGGCAGGUUCCACUGGAGCGGGCCCACCUGGUGCAGUUCUACACGAUCAAGUACCGGACGGACGCGCAGUGGAAGACGCUCAACCGGGGCCAGAUCCGGCCCGAGGAGACGUCCUACCUGGUCAAGAACCUGGUCGGCGGCCGGACGUACUACUUCCGGGUGCUGGCCAACUCGCUCAAGAGCUACGAGACGAGCGAGGAGAUCAAGUUCCCGGUGCCGGCCCGGGUCAAGCACAAAGCCAUCACGGCCGGUGUGGUCGGCGGGAUUCUGUUCUUCAUCGUGGCCAUCAUCCUGUCGAUCUGCGCCGUCAAGAUCUGCAACAAGCGCAAGCGCAGAAAACAGGAAAAAGAACUCAACAUGGUAACAGCACGGAUCACGGACCGGAAUGCCCUAAGCCAGCCGGUGCCUUUGAGGAGAUAUCUACACGACGAAAGCAAGAGCAGCCGCUUGCCAGGCUUGAGCAUCCUCGUGGCCAUUUUGCACUGGAUUUGGCCACCCGGGCGGUGCCAGAACUGCGACAGCAUCUACUCGAACAAGUUCACCGGUGACCAGGAGAAGCAGAACCUCGGCCAGAUCCACCGGUCGUCAGACGGGCGGUUCGUGAUACCGCAGGACGCGGUCGACGGGAUCGUAUCGCUGCGGAACAGCAUCGUGUCGUACUACAGCAGCAGCGACGACGGCGGCUUUCUGCCGAAGCGACUCUCGUUGACGAGGGCGUCCUGGCGGAAGCCGCUGGUGACCUGUCCGAGCCAGCUGAGCUUGCGCUCCGACGAGGACGGGUUCAACGUGGCAGAGCCACAGCAGGCCGUCCAGUCGCUGUACACGAACACGAUGCCGGAGAAUCUGCACAACCUGACGACCAUCAGUUCCAGUGUGGCGCCUAUGAUGACGACCCAGUCGCUGUACACGACCCCAUCGCGGAUAUCUAAGGUGGUGGCCAGUUCACCGGCUACCUCGAGUCCACAGGUCGUCAAUUCGCCCUGGUCACCGCUCUACUUUAGUGAUCUCAGUUCGGUGCAUCAUCUCAGCUCGGCGGAACGCUCCUUCCCGACGCCACAGAGUGCAAUGUCCGCCCAUCAGAGGUACAACUACGCCGGAUAUAACCACGAACUGCCGGUGCUGAGUAGUUUACAGAACAGUUCUCGCCAUCACCUGUCACACGGAUUCGUUCCGCUGCACGUGCCCGGAUCUUCGAGGCACUACCACCAGAACGUGUACCAGAAUGUGCCCUUCCACAGCCACAGCACGUACAGCAAUCGGCCAAAGUUCUCCCGGUACCACCCUCGCCUAAUGCCUCGAAGCAUAACCCGAGCGAUCCCGGAACUGCGCUCUCCCCUCCUGAAUCUCAACCUCAGCACGACCCCGCUCAGUGCGGCCCUGGAAGCCUCUCCCCAGAGUUACUCCAGUUCCAGUGGGUUCGGAAGUAAAAACACCUCCAACAACACCCAACAGCAAAACGCUAGCUUCCAAACCAGCAAUCUCCUGCGGGAAUGGCGAUACCUGCCACCGUAUCGACCGCCUCCUCCACCGCCCAGUUUGCACCACGCGGCACCGCUUUCCUUCGGUGGAGGUCGAUUCGACCACCCGCCCUACUCCAUGUCCCACUGGCUGGAGCUGAUCACAAGACUGAACCUGGCCUCGGAGAAGGCCAACAUCAACAACGCCGCGGACGUUGGCAGCGUGGACGGCCACUACGAGUUUGACCCCUCGACGCCAACGCCGACGGCGUCCACUCCGACCGGAAUCAUGCGGGACGACUUCCUGAUGACGCUGCCGUCCACGUCCAGUGAUUUGCUGUGGAAUGCGGCGGGGUUGACGCUGGAGGGAAGUGGAGGUGGUGCCAGCGUAUUUGGUGGACCGGGUGUGACGGGGUUGACGAGCGUGGGCAGGAAACGGGGCCAGUCCCGGUACGACAACAUCGACGAGCGCGUCGAGGCCAUGAAGGAGGAGUUCAACGAGUGGCGCAAGCGGCAACAGCACACCACGUUGACCGACAGCAGGCUGCUCGAGCUGGAAAGUUCCUGCUAGGACAGUUGUGCAGUGUAAUGUUUUGUUUGGGUGGCUUUGCCUUCUUCAAAACAGUCGUUUUAGAACAAUUUUUCGGAUUUUCUAAAUCCUGGUGACUCAUCAAAACUUUCUAUUUACAAACACGCGACGUGCCUCGUUUGCGUCUUCAAACGUCAAUUUCUCGCUGUCAGUUGGCAGCAUCGUUCCUCGCUCGCAGCGACGCAGGGUUGGACUCGCGCACACUGCGUGACAGUUUGACAUUUAUAUCGCGAGGGGUGACAGAAGUAAAUUUCGUGCAGGCAGAGUUGCCAACUCAGACAAAACAUUGCAGCUGCACGACAAUCGCAACCAACCAAGUUUGGCAAAGAAACCGGCUCUUCCACGAACAAUGGGCAAACAAAAAUCCAAACCGUGCUCCAGUGUGCUUUAAAAAAAGAACAAAAAACCGUGCUUAAUCACAAGACUCGAAUUAUCCAAUAACUAUAGCAAUAUUUAAUUAAAACAAAUGCGACGACUGCUCUCUCCCGAGAAGAGAAAGUUACGGUAACGGAAGAAGAGGAUGGCGGCGAACAAUUUCGCUGGUGAAUUAUAAAAUUACUAAUGAUACAAUUAUCAGUAAUGGUAACAAGAGCACGCAACCAUAGAAGAAAAUCCAGAUCGAAUCGCGAGAUUCGCAGCGGAAACAAAAUACACACGUGUUAAAGACUUUUAUAAUAGUUAUGUAAAAAAUUGGAAUGAUUGUGAUUUAAGUAGAGACAUUUGAAUAAAACAAAACAAAACAAAUAUUAUAGCUGUGCGUGCAUGGCAGGCCGAAAUUUGAUAAGAGCAAGAAGAAGGUAAAAAAAUCAAUACACUCAUGUAAAAGCGUUAUGAAUCACACAAGUGAGCAAAUUAAGAAAAACAAACAAAAAACUAGGAAAAAUUUAAUCGAACCGUGCACGCCGUAAUCGAAUAGUAACAACAACACACAGAAAACACAGUAAAAACAAAAAGCGGUAGUUUUAGACACAUUACGAACACACACCGGCGAAAAUUAAACGUAACUUUACCAGUGAAUUGACGCGCGUGUGGCACUAUCGAAGUGAGUGCGUGGUGAAUCAGAACGAAACGAAAAAAAAAUGGCCUCCAACGCGUGACUGGUUUGACGUUUGCGGGGGGUUUUGUAAAUCGUGGCAUGCCAUGACUUUUUUAGUUUUAUUUUGUUUUGACAAUUUAAUGUUGGGUUGUUGGUCACGGCCAACUUGAUCUACAUUUUUGAUUUUAAAUUUUAUUUUUUUUUUAGAAAUUAUUUUUAGAAAUUCAACGAUUAAAAUAAAACCAAUUUUGUGUUAGUCCCCGCAAACAAAUCAACUAGACGUGGACCGCCAACUAAACAGUCGAGACCCAACUUCAGAAUAAGUCAACCUACUCAGCUACUCUUCAAAACAUCAAUAAAAUUCCAUUCCCGAUUUCCAUUUUUAAACGAAAGUCUUUUUUCUACGAAAAACAAACAAACACACUCAAGUCGUAAGUGGUUUUAAACAAAAGUAACUUAAAGAAAUUGCAUCUAGGAAAGCAAGAUAACUCACACACGAAAAAAGAAAAACACUCACACACGCCCAUAAGUAAAAUGAGAGCACUAUCAAAUACACUCAACAUUUCAUUAGAUCUCACACCAAAAAAAAUGAAUCAAGCAAGGAUAUUCCUCACUUAACCACACCGAACUAGAGGGGGAAAGUCUAAAUUAUGGAGCGCAACACAACUUUACGAAAAAGUGGCAAAAAAAAGAAAUGUUACGAGAGUAAAAACAAAAAAAAGUAGGCAUAAUAUCAAUAUUUAAUGUUCUUGAAACCAACAAUAUUCACACAACUAUAUACAAAAAAAAAAAGAAAAUGGAAACCACAUAAUAAUAAUUGAUGAAGUAUAAGAGUAAGAUAAUUUAUAAUAAAAUUCAAAACAUCUCGACGCGAGCAUUUUGGUUUGGUUUCCAUCUUUGUUUGUGGAGAGCUGCAAGCCAAACCGAAAUGUGUGUCGCGUUUCGGGAAAAACAUUCAUUCUAAACUAGUAAAGGCAAAUGAAGUAAGAACGAACGUAAGCGAAGAAAACAUGAAAAAUUCAAAAUUGGAUUUGUUAAUAAAUUAUUAGUACUUACAAUAUUACUAAUAAGGCAUCACACGCGGUAAGGGAAGCCGGGGGAGAGAAUAGAGAGAAGAAAGCAAAUACGAAGUGAUUUAAAAAAAGAGAAAACCAGAAAACACUCUUCUAUUGCGCACACACACACUCACACAAACACAUUUACACACAAACACUGGCAAACUGAAAUCGUCGUAGAAGAGAGCAAAAAAUAAAAGUUAUAGUUUAAAAAUGAUUAUUUUACAAACAAGAGAUCAAAUCUUAUUUUAAGCGAAAUAGUUGUAAGGAAAAAAACCAAGCAGUAAGCUCUAGUAGAGAAUAGUUGAACUAAGAGAAAGUCAUUGAAGUUAGCCAGUUCUGUUUGGCGUUACGAGCUCUCUCUCUCUUUCUCUGCAGCUGCAAUUGAUUUUAAAGUUAAACUAAAAAAACACGAGAUAUUCAUUCUUCUAGAAUGCUGCUAAUGCUUGUUAAAUUUUCGUUAACGAUUUAUUUACGCAGAGAUAUUUUUUACUCAAAAAUUAUUAGUUUCCUUUGCUUUACACAAUUGCAUACAAUUAUUUGUGUAUGUAGUAAGGCUGUAGAGUUUUAAUUUUUGCACGAAAACAAGUCUGACUAAUUGAUACUUCUUUUGUGCGCGAAUGUACAUUCCAAAGAUUCUUUAUUAGCCUGUCCCAUUUUGAGGUCAUGUCGAGGAAUUUCAGGUGCUCACUUCUUAAAUGAUAGAUUAUGAUGUUAGGAACAAUGUUUUCUUAGACAAGAAAAAAUAAUAAAAUACUUUCUCGCACCCCCUAGUCGAUUUACUGAAAAAAGUCACUUUUUUGAACAAAUUUUCUAAAAUCGCUUGGAAUCAAUACAAAAACUGUUUCGAUCAGGUGUGUAUUAUCUUCAAACGAUAGGUUUCUGUCCAUAGAUUAAGAUGCACUAUCAAUAUUGGACGAAAAUUUAAGUUUUUGGACUCUCCCAGGCGGAUUUGUGUCGAAAAAAUCGCAUUUUUUCGAAACUUUUUUCAGACAUGUUCAUUUAAUUUAGGGUAGCCUAUUUUUCCCAGUGAAAUCAAUACAUGCAGCUUGUAGGAAAUUUCAUGGCGAACAUUUUUCCCUCUGAGAAAAUGCAAUUUCGACACUCCAGAGCCGAGAUAUUUGAGUUUUAGUGAGGAAAAAAGUGCCAAUUUUCAAAAUUUCUCAGAAUUCAGAAGCAAGGCCUACUAAUUACACGAUGUAGCAAGCAUACGUCUCAAAGGUCAGGGUAUGCUUUUUAUAGUAAUUUUAGCCGCUGAAUCCGAAUCUGAAAUCAAAUUUCGUGCAAACAGUGAUGUUUUGGAGCUACACCCUUUUGGAAUGUUAUUUGCGUGUUUAAGAGGCAGUUUUUGUAAAUAUUGCUCGGUUUGUUCUAGAGGUCGUAUCAAGGUGCUCCGAUUUGGAUGAAACUUUCAGCGUUUGUUUGUCUAUACAUGAGAUGAACUCAUGCCAAAUAUGAGCCCUCAAAGACAAAGGGAAGUGGGGUAAAACGGGCAUUGAAGAUUGAGGUCCAAAAAACAUAAAAAAUCUUAAAAUUUCUCGCAUUUAAGUAAAACUUCAUCAAUUCCAACUAUCUUAGAUGCAUUUGAAUGGUCUUUUGAAGCACUUCAAAAUGAGCCAUAGACAUCCAGGAUUGGUUUAACUUUUUCUCAUAGCUUUUGCAAAUUACUGUUAAAAUUGUUUUUUUAAACCUCAAUUUUUUUUUGCAACAUCCUCCAAUACCCAUACUCUUUUAGUUCAAAAGUUAGGGAAUUUCAUGGACUAUAAGCCUACGGCAAUAACUUUUUUGCCAAUCGCAGUUUUUCUCAUAGUUUUUCGAUUUUUCUAUAACAAACAUUUUACAACGUUAGUUAUUGUUCUGUAGGCAUCCAUAGCGGCACUUUUUAGUCUCACUUUUGUCAUAUUCGAAAUCCUCGGAAAAUUCAAACUUCAAUGCCCGUUUUACCCCACUUCCCUUUGUCUUUGAGGGCUCAUAUUUGGCAUGAGUUCAUCUCAUGUAUAGACAAACAAACGCUGAAAGUUUCAUCCAAAUCGGAGCACCUUGAUACGACCUCUAGAACAAACCGAGCAAUAUUUACAAAAACUGCCUCUUAAACACGCAAAUAACAUUCCAAAAGGGUGUAGCUCCAAAACAUCACUGUUUGCACGAAAUUUGAUUUCAGAUUCGGAUUCAGCGGCUAAAAUUACUAUAAAAAGCAUACCCUGACCUUUGAGACGUAUGCUUGCUACAUCGUGUAAUUAGUAGGCCUUGCUUCUGAAUUCUGAGAAAUUUUGAAAAUUGGCACUUUUUUCCUCACUAAAACUCAAAUAUCUCGGCUCUGGAGUGUCGAAAUUGAAUUUUCUCAGAGGGAAAAAUGUUCGCCAUUAAAUUUCCUACAAGCUGCACGUAUUGGUUUCACUGGGAAAAAUAGGCUACCCUAAAUUAAAUGAACAUUUCUGAAAAAAGUUUCGAAAAAAUGCGAUUUUUUCGACACAAAUCCGCCUGGGAGAGUCCAAAAACUUAAAUUUUCGUCCAAUAUUGAUAGUGCAUCUUAAUCUAUGGACAAAAACCUAUCGUUUAAAGAUAAUACACACCUGAUCGAAACAGUUUUUGUAUUGAUUCCAAGCGAUUUUAGAAAAUUUGUUCAAAAAAGUGACUUUUUUCAGUAAAUCGACUAGGGGGUGCGAGAAAGUAUUUUAUUAUUUUUUCUUGUCUAAGAAAACAUUGUUCCUAACAUCAUAAUCUAUCAUUUAAGAAGUGAGCACCUGAAAUUCCUCGACAUGACCUCAAAAUGGGACAGGCUAUUCUUUAUACUUUUAUGGUUUAAGUCUAGCAAACGCCUGCUGCGAUGAUUUGUCCGACACAACUUUCUUGGACUCGCAAAGCGCAAACAAAAAAAACUAGAACAAAUUUUCGAGUAUAUAUAAAGUAUAUAAAUCCUGUUGAUAGUUCUUAUUAAUCUUAUAAUUCGUAUCAGAGCGUAUCUUAAAUGAGAAGAAAGAAGUGAGCGGUUUGCCGCCUUUGUAUGUUACACACAAACAAGCAAAACUGCAAAACCAAGGUAGCAUUUUAACGAACACAAAUAAAAACAUAGAAUUACAAUUGACAGCAUUCGAACAAAGCAGUAUUUCACCGAAAAAAAAACAACAACACAGAUUUCCUUUUCCACGACUGGCAACACUGGCAGCUGCACGCAGUAGUCCACGCGAUUUUGCUCGAUUCCAAGGCGACACUCACACACACAUGCAUUGCUGGUGCCAUAGACGCGCCUACUAAGAUGGCUCGUCUUUCAGUCGAAGUUUAGUUCUCAAUGCAGCAAUUUUCCAACUUUUCAUUUUUAAUCAAAACAGAAACAAAUCGAUCUCUACGUCCCAAAACAAACACAAACACACACUGACACACAUCCAAACAAACAAAAUUGCUCUUCGCAAAACAAGUGCAAACUGGUUUCAGUAAGAAAUUAAACAAAAAAGAAAAAGAAAUACAAGUGGAAUCAAGCGAAAAUCACACAAACGAAAGAAGCAGCGGUUUAAUUAGUUUUCAAAACGAACGAAUUACACGAGCAAAAGCAGCUAGGCAGGCAGGCAACACUGUUUAAGAUAAGUCGUAGUGAAAAAAAAUGUUGUUUAGCACAUAACACCUACACACAGUCACACACACAAAACCACAAAGAUGGAAAAUUACCUGUCAAAAUCGAAAUCGUGAUUAAGCUCACGAAAUUUGUAAAUAGUCCUUGUUCUUUUUUUUCAAUUCGGUAUGAUUUCAAGUAAACAAAUAAACCCAAAACACACACACAGGAAUAAGAGCCACUUUCUCCCCCUCUCACAGAACAGAAAAUACUCUCAAAUCAACUGAAAAAAAACACACUCAAACAAACACAAAACACGCAAAAGAAAUAAAAAAAAACAACAUUCCAUUAGCUUCUAGUUUGUAUCAAAUAAGAAUAUAGAGAAAAAAGAAAACAAAACAAAAAAAAUCUUGCCGGAUUUAGUGGAACUAAAGAUUUAAAACAGUAUAAUACAAGAACAAGAAACAAGAAGAAAAAAAAAGUUAGCAUGUGGUCAAAUUGAGAACAAGUAAAAGGUUGAAAAAAAAUCGACGAGAGAAAACGUGCGCAAACGUGACGGGGAAUGAAGUCUUACACUUGUUUAAGUUAUUGUCGAAUUUAGUUUAGGGGUUCUUGUUUUGUUACAAAUCGCAGCGCUGUGUUUGUGAUGUCGAAUAGCAAAGGAGGAUUAAGGAUUUUACUAAAGUUAUGUUUUAAGGUUCAAAUCAAAGUGAACACACACACACUCGGAACUUAAUUUGUAACGCUUCGAUUUUAUUUAUGUGAGAAUGAAGAAAGGAAACGAGAUUGAUUUUAUUUAUUACGAUGAUGAAGGUUUUCUUAUUUAUUUGAUGCAAAUGAUCUAUUUUUUCUUCGAAGGUUAUUUUAUUUAGUUUUAAGCUAAGUUGUACAAUGUAAAUCGGAUAUAAUUUUCACAAAAGUAAAUAAAAGAUAUGAAAAAUUA